CUCUGCUGUAGCUGCUGAGGCACCAGCUAAGGUUUUCCUCUCGAUAUCUCUCUCUCUUUCUCUCUCAUCGUGGUUGUGAGUCUCUCCACUUCAAGAUCUCACCUUUAAAGGCUCACCGGGAUGGACAUACACGUUUGGAUUUCUUAAGGCUUCUCCCCCCUGCUCUGACUAACAUGGAUGUCCCACCAUUCCUUGCAAUUGAAGGUUGCUCCUUGGCGCAGUGAAUGAAGAACAUGCAGGGAUUGCUAAUGGGUUCGGGAAGCGGAUCCUCCUCGCUCUUGUCUCUGUGACCAUGCCGUGAUCGUGUCUGAGGGCCAUCACUUCUAUCUCCUUUCAUUCUUUACCUUACCGUGGAACCUGACGAUCUAAAAGGGGGGGAACCGAAACACGGAUGUACACUGGAACCAUGAAGAUUAUUUGCCCUUUUGUAACUAAUUCAUUCUUCAGGUGCACCCUGAGAUGCAUCUUGUGCUUGUUUUGGAUUGGAUAUUCACAAGGGACUACACAUGUUUUACGAUUUGGGGGCAUUUUUGAAUAUGUGGAAUCUGGACCCUUUGGGGCAGAAGAAUUAGCCUUCAGAUUUGCCGUGAAUACAAUAAACAGGAAUCGAACUUUGCUGCCAAACACAACGUUAACAUAUGACACUCAAAGAAUAAAUCUCUACGACAGCUUUGAAGCAUCCAGAAAAGCUUGCGAACAGUUAUCUUUGGGUGUUGCAGCUAUAUUUGGACCUUCUCACAGUUCCUCUGCAAAUGCUGUGCAAUCCAUUUGCAAUGCACUUGGAGUUCCGCACAUUCAGACACGUUGGAAACAUCAAGUGUCGGAUAAUAGGGAUUCCUUCUAUGUGAGCUUGUACCCAGACUUCUCAUCACUUAGUCGAGCAAUCCUUGAUUUGGUGCAGUUCUUCAAAUGGAAAACGGUUACGAUUGCCUAUGAUGACAGUACAGGUCUUAUAAGGCUACAGGAGCUAAUCAAGGCUCCAUCUAGAUACAACUUAAGACUUAAAAUCCGUCAGUUGCCUUUGGACACAAAGGAUGCCAAACCACUGCUCAAAGAGAUGAAGAGAGGCAAAGAAUUUCAUGUGAUUUUUGACUGUAGUCAUGAUAUGGCAGCAGGCAUACUAAAACAGGCUUUGGCAAUGGGAAUGAUGACAGAAUAUUACCACUAUAUAUUUACAACACUGGACCUGUUUGCCUUGGAUGUUGAACCGUACAGGUAUAGCGGUGUUAACAUGACAGGAUUUCGGAUUUUGAAUAUAGAGAACAGCCAAGUAUUAUCUAUCAUUGAAAAAUGGUCUAUGGAAAGAUUACAAGCUCCCCCAAAGCCUGACUCAGGAUUGUUGGAUGGCUUUAUGACGACUGAUGCAGCUUUAAUGUAUGAUGCAGUCCAUGUGGUGUCUGUAGCUGUUCAACAAUUUCCCCAGAUGACAGUCAGUUCAUUGCAAUGUAACCGUCAUAAGCCUUGGCGAUUUGGUGCUCGCUUUAUCAGUCUUAUUAAAGAGGCUCACUGGGAAGGACUCACCGGCAGGAUAACUUUCAACAAAACAAAUGGCUUACGGACGGACUUUGAUUUAGAUGUCAUCAGUCUCAAGGAAGAAGGUCUUGAAAAGAUUGGGACUUGGGACCCUGCAAGCGGCUUAAACAUGACAGAAAGCCAGAAAGAAAAACCAACAAAUAUAACAGAUUCCUUAUCUAACAGAUCUCUAAUUGUCACCACUAUCUUGGAAGAGCCAUAUGUGAUGUUUAAGAAAUCUGAUAAACCACUUUAUGGAAACGAGAGAUUUGAGGGCUAUUGUAUUGAUCUACUCAUGAAAUUAUCUCACAUUCUUGGAUUCAAAUAUGAGAUCAGACUAGUGGAGGACGGUAAAUAUGGAGCCAAGGAAGACUCCACUCAGCAAUGGAAUGGGAUGGUCCGUGAACUAAUGGACCAUAAAGCUGAUCUUGCAGUUGCGCCACUGGCUAUAACCUAUAUGCGAGAACAGGUCAUCGACUUUACUAAGCCAUUCAUGACUCUUGGAAUAAGUAUUUUGUACCGAAAGCCCAAUGGUACAAACCCAGGCGUCUUCUCCUUCCUGAAUCCUCUUUCUCCUGAUAUCUGGAUGUAUAUUCUGCUGGCUUACUUGGGUGUCAGUUGUGUGCUCUUUGUCAUAGCCAGGUUUAGCCCCUAUGAAUGGUAUAACCCACACCCUUGCAACCCUGACUCAGAUGUGGUGGAAAACAAUUUUACCUUGCUAAAUAGUUUCUGGUUUGGCGUUGGAGCUCUCAUGCAGCAAGGUUCAGAGCUCAUGCCCAAAGCACUUUCCACAAGGAUAGUAGGAGGAAUAUGGUGGUUUUUCACACUUAUCAUCAUUUCCUCAUACACUGCAAACUUAGCUGCAUUUCUAACAGUGGAACGCAUGGAAUCCCCUAUUGACUCUGCAGAUGAUCUAGCCAAGCAGACCAAAAUUGAAUAUGGAACUGUUCAAGAUGGAGCAACAAUGACAUUUUUCAAGAAAUCCAAAAUACCUACCUAUGAAAAAAUGUGGGCCUUUAUGAACAGCAGAAGCCAGUCGGUGCUUGUCAAAAAUAAUGAAGAAGGCAUCCAACGUGUGCUAACCUCAGAUUAUGCCUUUCUAAUGGAAUCAACAACCAUUGAAUUUGUCACACAACGCAACUGUAACCUGACACAGAUUGGAGGCCUUAUAGAUUCAAAGGGUUAUGGCGUUGGAACUCCCAUGGGUUCUCCAUAUAGAGACAAAAUCACAAUAGCCAUUCUACAACUACAAGAAGAAGGUAUUCUGCAUAUGAUGAAGGAAAAAUGGUGGCGGGGUAAUGGGUGCCCUGAAGAAGAGAGCAAGGAAGCCAGUGCUCUUGGAGUUCAAAAUAUUGGUGGAAUCUUCAUUGUUUUAGCUGCCGGAUUGGUUCUCUCAGUUUUUGUUGCUGUCGGAGAAUUUCUCUACAAAUCCAAAAAGAACGCUCAGUUGGAAAAAAGGUCUUUCUGCAGCGCAAUGGUUGAGGAACUGAGGAUGUCUCUAAAGUGUCAACGACGCUUGAAACACAAACCCCAACCGCCUGUAAUGGUGAAAACAGAGGAAGUUAUCAACAUGCACACGUUUAAUGACAGAAGAUUGCCAGGGAAAGAAACGAUGGCAUAAAAGCAGGAAGUCAGGCUUCCCCAAGCACAAACUGUCAGCUUUUUUUUUUUUUCUUUUUCCAAACAACUCUGCGAGAAUGUUUCCUGUGGAAAUAUACAACCUGUGAAAAAAUAAAAUGAGUUACCUCAUGUCGCUGUGUCUAUGAACUUGAAACUUAUCUGAUCCUGCGGUCAGAAUAACAUUGCAAGAAUCAUGGAUAAACCAAGUACUGCGGAGGUUAAACUGUUUUUAAGGGGUCCACCAUUCUUCUGAAUGUAACGUGUGCAUUUUGUGGUUGCUUUUCAAAUAAGGUCCCAAUGAAAACAAAAAAGAAGUUAUUUUUGUCAAGCUAAAUCUGAUUCAAGGAAGGUAAAAAAAAAUAUCAGAUUGACCAAUGAAAAUAAAAUCACAUAUAAACUGUUCUGAAGCAACUAAUUGUUCUUUGCACACUUAGCAAAGACCGAGAAGAAAAAAGAUUAUACACUAUUGCAAAAUCCACAUUGAAAAGAAAAAAAAUAUUCAUUUUUAAACUCAACCGGCUACAUGAGAUUAUUAAAGAUGGUUUCGAAAUCAUGUAUAUCAUGAUUAUGAAAAUAUAUUCAGUACAAGAGAGAUUUUUAUCUGCUUUGUGGACUCUGUGUUUCACUGUCGUAAAUAAAACAAAAUGUCAGUCAACAAGGCAAUAAUUGUAUCGUUCAAUUCAAUCCGAUUACAACGUUUCUGUGUGUAAAAUGUUAAGUUGGCUCAGUGCAUCCUAAUGCAUUGUUGAAGAUGGAAGAAAAUGUAUUUUAAUUGUGUAUUGCAGCGCGAGAUAAUGUGUAUCUGGCAAAGAAAAGGUUAUAUUUUAGUCUAUAAAAAGAUUUUAAAACAUGUUCCUGUCACCAUUUGAACCCCAUUGAGCCUCUGCAGUUCCCUCCAGCUGUGGAAAAAAUACAAGCCACUUAAAAGAACUUUCCAUGGAGAGCUUUAAGUGGGCAGCAUUCAUCAAUACAGUCGGUGUUUAAUGAUCAAAAUCCUUGAGCAGUUUUUAUUUAAAAAAAUGUUCAGGUUUAUUUGUGGAAAUGCAAGAUUUCUAUAAAAAUAGUUUUUGUAUGGAGAUUUUUGUAAUACUUUUUAUCAACAAAAUCCAAACAUACAUUUCUUUCAGGGGUGUGAUGCCAAGCACGAAAGGUAGUGUCUCAGCACCACCAAUGUUUGGUGAGAUUAUUUUUCUCAAAUUCAAGUCCAAUCUUAAAAAUACAAAUAUCAGCUAAUUCUGUUCAAGAUUAAUAUUGCUAGUUGCACUACCAACACUGCUUAUCAUGCUACAUCCCUGAUUUUCACCAAGCUAAGAACAUACUGUACUGAGCAAUUGUGUGUAAAUGGUAAAAUACACAGUCUUAUUGACCACAUUGUGAUAACAGUUGAAGUGCACACAGUUUCCUGUUUGAAUCCAAUGCACAAAAUAAACAUAAGCAAAAAGAA